AUGGAGGACCUGUUCCCUCUCAUCUUCCCUUCGGAGCCGCCCCAGGCCUCCGGCCCCUAUGUGGAAAUCAUCGAGCAGCCCAAGCAGCGGGGUAUGCGCUUCCGUUACAAGUGCGAGGGCCGUUCAGCAGGCAGCAUCCCAGGCGAGAGGAGCACAGAUACCACCAAGACCCACCCCACCAUUAAGAUCAAUGGCUACACAGGGCCAGGGACAGUUCGCAUCUCCCUAGUCACCAAGGACCCCCCUCACCGGCCUCACCCCCACGAGCUUGUGGGGAAGGACUGCCGAGAUGGCUUCUAUGAGGCUGAGCUCAGCCCGGACCGCUGCAUCCACAGCUUCCAGAACCUGGGGAUCCAGUGUGUGAAGAAGCGGGACCUGGAACAGGCCAUCAGUCAGCGUAUCCAGACCAACAACAAUCCCUUCCAAGUCCCCAUAGAGGACCAGCGUGGGGACUAUGACCUGAAUGCGGUGCGGCUCUGCUUCCAGGUGACAGUGCGCGACUCAUCAGGCAGGCCCCUCCGCCUGCCACCUGUCCUCUCUCAUCCCAUCUUUGACAACCGCGCCCCGAACACCGCUGAGCUCAAGAUCUGCCGAGUGAACCGGAACUCGGGGAGCUGCCUCGGCGGGGAUGAGAUCUUCCUGCUGUGUGACAAGGUGCAGAAAGAGGACAUCGAGGUGUGUUUCACGGGACCGGGCUGGGAGGCCCGAGGCUCCUUCUCACAGGCUGACGUACAUCGGCAAGUGGCCAUCGUGUUCCGGACACCCCCCUAUGCGGAUCCCAGCCUGCAGGCCCCAGUGAGGGUCUCCAUGCAGCUGCGGCGGCCCUCUGAUCGGGAGCUCAGUGAGCCCAUGGAAUUCCAGUACCUGCCAGACACAGAUGAUCGUCACCGGAUUGAGGAGAAACGCAAGAGGACAUAUGAGACUUUCAAGAGCAUCAUGAAAAAGAGUCCUUUCAAUGGACCCACAGACCCACGGCCUCCGCCCCGGCGCAUUGCUGUGCCUUCCCGCAGUGCAGCUUCCGUCCCCAAGCCAGCCCCUCAGCCCUAUCCCUUUACGCCGUCCCUCAGCACCAUCAACUUUGAGGAGUUUUCCCCCAUGAUGUUUUCUUCUGGGCAGAUGCCAAGCCAGGCCCCGGCCCCGGUGCUGGCCCAGGCCCCUGCCCCGGCCAUGGCGUCAGCUCUGGCCCAGGCCCCAGCUCCUGUGCCGGUCUUAGCCCCGGGCCCUGCUCAGGCUGUGGCCCCGCCAGCCCCCAAGGCCACCCAGGCCGGGGAAGGGACACUGACCGAGGCCCUGCUGCAGCUGCAGUUUGAUGCCGACGAGGACCUGGGGGCCCUGCUUGGCAGCAGCACGGACCCAGCCGUGUUCACGGACCUGGCAUCCGUUGACAACUCGGAGUUUCAGCAGCUGCUGAACCAGGGUGUGUCUAUGGCCCCCCACGCAGCCGAGCCCAUGCUGAUGGAGUACCCUGAGGCUAUAACUCGCCUGGUGACAGGGUCCCAGAGGCCCCCCGACCCAGCUCCUACCCCCCUGGGUGCCUCGGGGCUUCCCAAUGGCCUCCUCUCAGGGGAUGAAGACUUCUCUUCCAUCGCAGACAUGGACUUCUCAGCCCUGCUAAGUCAGAUCAGCUCCUAA